GCAGUACUGAGAGUGGAAGUGACUGAGCAGUGCUGUGGUCACAGACCACACCACCCACAGCUCAUAGGAUUCUGUGAAGUUCUCCUGCCUGAGAGAAAACUCAGUUCAGAAGGAGAAAGGACAGCAGAGGCCAGGUGCCUUGCUGGAGCUGAAGGGUUUUUUCCUCAGAGAAAGGCCAGUACAGUUGAAGAGAUAUGGGAGUGACCUCUGAACUUUUCACCAAUGUCCUUAUCCCUUGGCAGAGGGUCCUGUUCACAGCCUCCCUCUUGACCUGCUGGCUUCUGUCCACCACUGCUAGUGUCACCAUCCAGUCACCACAACACGUAGUUGAAGGAGAGAAUAUUCUUCUACAAGUUGACAAUCUGCCAGAGAAUCUUCUAGCUUUUGCCUGGUACAGAGGACUGACAAAUUGGAGGCUCACAAUUGCUGUGUAUUUACUGGACUAUAGCACAAGUAUGACAGGGCCUGAGCACAGUGAUAGAGAGAUAUUGUACAGCAACGGGUCCCUAUGGAUCCAAAAUGUCACACAGGAGGACACAGGAUAUUACACUCUUCAAACCAUAAGUAACCAUGGAGAACUGGAAUCAAAUACAUCCACAUUUCUUCAGGUCUACUCGUCUCAUUUCACCUGUGGGCGUCCUUCCUUCCCUGCCAAGCUCACUAUUGAAUCAGUGCCGCCCAGCGUUGCUGAAGGAGGAAGCGUUCUUCUCCGUGUUCACAAUCUUCCAGAGUAUCUUCAAUUAUUUUUUUGGUACAAAGGGGUGAUUAUGAUUCACAAGGUUGAGAUUGUCCGGUACAGAACACUCAAGAAUUUAAGCGAUCCAGGCCCUGCCCACAGCGGUAGAGAGAUAGUGUACAGCAAUGGAUCCCUGCUGCUCCAGAAUGUCACCUGGAAAGACACUGGAUUCUACACCCUACAAACUGUGAAUCGAUAUUGGAAAAUGGAACUAGCACACAUUUACCUUCAGGUGGACACCCCGUGCUGUGACCCUCUUGACUCUGCCCAACUCAGGAUCGAUCCAGUGACUCCGCAUGCUGCUGAAGGGGAAAGUGUUCUUCUCCAGGUCCAUAAUCUACCAGAAGAUCUGCAAACCUUUUCCUGGUACAAGGGUGUGGAUAGCACUCCAUCCUUUCAAAUUGUAGAAUAUAGCAAAGCAAUGAAGUCCAUCAUCAGCGGCAGUGCAUACAGCCGAAGAGAGAUAGGGUACACUAAUGGAUCCCUGCUGCUCCAGGAUGUCACUGAGAAAGACUCUGGCUUGUACACACUAGUAACAAUAGACAGCAAUAUGAGAGUUGAAACAGUGCAUGUUCAAGUCAACAUCUACAAGCUUGUGACACAGCCUGUCAUGAGAGUCUCGGAAACUACAGUUAGAGUACAGAGCUCAGUGGUCUUCACUUGCUUCUCAGACAACACUGGGGUCUCCAUCCGUUGGCUCUUCAAUAAGCAGAGUCUGCAGCUCACAGAGAGGAUGAGCCUGUCCCCGUCAAAGUGUCAACUCAGGAUACAUACUGUGAGGAAGGAGGAUGGUGGAGAGUAUCAAUGUGAGGCCUUCAACCCAGCCAACUCUAAGACCAGUCUCCCAGUCAGCCUGGCCGUGAUGAAUGAGUGACUCUCAUACUAUAGCAGGGCAGAGGCAUUUCUGUAUUGAGAUGUCCACACCUACCUACCCCUGCCAGUUACAGAUUUCCAUUCUUUCCCAUGGACAGUUGGCCAUGUCUCCUAUCCUUCCCCAUACCUGAUCCUGAACCCCUCCAUGUUGGGAGCCGCCCCCACAUUCGCCGUCACAAGAUGGCGCUGACAUCCUGUGUUCUAAGUGGUAAACAAAUAAUCUGCGCAUGUGCCAAGGGUAUUUUACCACUACUUGUACUCUGCCUUUCCCGUGACGUCAGCUCGGCCAUGGGCUGCAGCCAAUCAGGGAGUGAUGCGUCCUAAGCGAAGGAUAACUCCUCCUUAAAGGGGACGGGGUUUCCGCCAUUCUCUCUCUGGCUCUGGCGCCUGCUCGCUUGCUCCUAAAGAUGUAAACAAUAGAGCUCUUGCUCUGGCGCUCUGGCGCGCUCUGGCGCGCUCUGGCGCGCUCUGGCGCUCUGGCUCCUAAAGAUGUUAGAAGGGGGCUUUCGUUUUUGGGGCUUGGGUUUUUGCGCUCCUGCUCCUGAAGAUGUAAGCAAUAAAGUUUUGCCG